AUGCCAAAACUUGAAACCAUUUUCAAUAAAUGGCAAUUGAAUGCAAUUCUAUUUGCCAUUGCCAUCAGCGGUGUUGCUUUCGUGCACGGCAAGUUCUACCGGGAAUGCAUUGGCGCUGAAAAGAGUCAGAAGUUCGUCGCUAGUUUGGACAAUUGUGCCAAAUAUAUCUACUGCGAUGGCAAUAAUUCGUUCGAAGGUGAGUGUCUUGAUGAUAACUAUUUCAAUGUGAAUGUAGGCAAGUGCGAUGAGCGUUCAGCGGUUGUCUGCAAUGUUGGCGUGCAGGUGCAGUUGACGGUUGAAGGCAGCCAGAAUAGCCAAGGAAGUCUAGGAAGUUCACACAGCGUGGGCGCACUCGAUGGUGAGCGUGUAGAUGACAAGAAUGUUGCAACGAUUUUCGACGCCAAUGUCAAUAGUAACAGUAUUAUGAAUACCAACAAUUUAAUGAGCAACAAUAACAACUGGCAUACGCUUGUUGGUCUUUGGAGCAGUCAGCAGCAGCAGCAGCAGCAGCAGCAGCAGGAAAAACAGCAACAAUUGCAAUCGGCGAUGCUAAGCGGUGGCGUUAUUGGCAGUGAGCCUGUAACGGGCUUAGCAUUAAAUGGCAUUGAUAUGGGCAACGCAGCCACCGCCGCUAUUGCGGCCAAUCAGGCGCCACAAUGCCCGCUACGCUAUGGCCUGAACAACGUUAUCUAUCUAGCCAAUGCCGCGUCUUGUACAUCGUACUACACCUGCUACAAUGGCAUUGCCAUACCGAUGAUAUGUCCGCGCGGCACCUACUUUAAUGAGGAGACGUCACGUUGCGAGCGUCAGGAAAACGUUUACUGUUCGCUAUAUCGUCCCGUUCGUUUGAUAUGCAAUCGCGGUGUCUACGAUUAUAUACCUCAUGCACGCAAUUGUGGCUACUACUAUUUCUGCUCCAAUGGCUAUUUGAUGAUCUUCCAAUGUCCAUUUCAGUAUUUGUGGCACUAUGAGCGACGCACGUGUGUACAUAGUUCGCAGGCGAAAUGCUUUUCUCGCGCCAUUGCGGAGGCGAUGCUUAGCUAGUGGAGUGGCGAAGCAUUUGAAA